AUCAUCACGAUCGGUGGGCCUGAGAAGCCGAGCAGAAAGUACCGCUUGGGCAGAGAAGCCACUGCCAUUGAUCAUCCCAGAAGCACCGGAUGGUGUGGAAAUAAUGGUGAAUCCUUCACAAUAACAUGCAGGAUGGCAUGUUUUCUGAAUUAACUGCCUUCACCAAGCAGCAGAAAAAGCAACUGCUAUUAAUCUCCGAAUGUCGCCUUCAUCAAUAAUAUCUCGUGCUUUUAUCAUUGGCCCUGCGUUAUCCACCUCCGCCAUCUUAGCUCAUCAGACAAUUCAUCUGGAGCAAAGGGAAAAUCCUGGCUGGAUUCACCUUGAAAUCUCCAUCACUCCGCAGGCAUGGCUGCUUGGUCUCUCCGGACUAAUUUGCUCGAUAAUCGAUAAGAUACGGCCUCGAUAAACAAUUUUCCUCAUAACUCCAAUCCAACACCAAUUCAUACUCAAUCUUCAAUUCAAGUCACCAUGGCCGUUUCAAAACCGCACGGCCCUGGAGGCCCUCCAUAUUUACUAGGCUUUCGCUCCUCGACCUCAUUUAUCAUUGCUACCUUUUGGAUGUCGAGUUUCACGGACUUCUUUCUCUAUGGCAUGAUUGUUCCUGUCAUGCCCGAUGCCCUCGUGCAUCGCGCAGGUAUCCCUUGGGAAAAUCGAGCAUUCUGGGUCAGCAUACUUCUAAUGGUUGAAGCCGGGUCUGGCUUGAUCAGCUGUCCCCUCUUUGGCUGGCUGGUUGAUCGCUCGCGCACCCGUUCACUCCCCUUCUUGGGCGGUCUCUUCCUCCUUGGCACGUCUAUGAUCAUGCUCGCACUUGCGCAUGCACCGUGGAUGUUUGUGGCGGCCCGGAUACUACAAGGUUCUUCAUCGUCCAUGGUGAUGGUCGCGGGACUGGCCCUGAUCACCGACACCGUACCCGCCGACAGCUUGGGCCAGACGAUUGGAUAUUUGGGAUCGGCGAUUUCAUGUGGAUUCAUGUUCGGACCGAUGCUUGGAGGAUUGGUCUAUGAGCACCUUGGGUAUAACGCAGUGUUUGUGAUGGCAUUCAUCGUGGUGCUCUUCGAUGUGGCCAUGCGACUAGCGGUGAUUGAAAAGCGCGUUGCGGCGCGCUGGCUCCCAGAGACCGGAAUUGUCUCUCCUCGAACAGAGCAUCAGACGUUCCCCGGUGGACAUCCUCAGACCCCCGAACACGUCGAAAGUCAGAGUAAACCAGCUCUUCUUCUUUUGCUGAGGCAACCACAGAUAGUGAUCUCAUCCAUCGGUCUCUUGAUGCAAGGCUUGAUAUUCUCGGCUUUUGAUUCGUUCCUUCCCAUCUUCGUCCAAUCGGCUUACGGCUGGAGUGCUCUCGGGGCAGGAUUGGUAUUCACUGCACCAGUCAUAGCAGCCUUUUUCGAGCCUUACUUUGGCCACCUAUCCGACCGCUACGGCAACCGCAUCAUCUCCGUCCUCGCCUUCCUCCUCCUCGCCCCAACCCUUAUCCUCUUCCGCUUCGUCGAAUCAAACACAACCCCGCACAAGGUCAUCUUCCUCACCCUCCUCGCCCUCAUCGGCGUCUUCGUAAACCUCUGCAUGCCCGCCCUCUUUGUCGAAACCCAAUCCGUCCUCGAGUCCAUGGAACGCGCCCAGCCAGGCAUCUUUGGCAAACGCGGCGCCGUCGCCCAGGCCUUCGGCCUGCAGACCAUGUACCAAUUCCUGGGCAUGUUCCUGGGCCCCAUGUUUGGGGUUUUUGAGUGGCGGUUUGGGUGGGAGAUAACUACGUUGGUGUUGGGGCUUUUGGCAGCUGCGACGGCUGUGCCUAUGUUUUGGUUGAGUGGUUCUGAGGCCGUGGAGGCGAGAGCUGAUGCUGAAGCUGAAAAUAUCGGUGAGAGGGAGAGGUUGCUGGAUGGUAAUCGGGCUGUAUAGGUUUGUUAUAUGAACCUCGAAUCGCACAUGAAAUAAUAUAGAACAUUGCAUCAUAGAGAAAAAAAAUACGCUUGUUUUUUCAUUGUUAUUCCCGAGAUAUAUGCAUUAAUCUAGAGUAUCAACCUGGCAACAACCAACAGUCUUAGACAUCGUAUCUAUCAAUGAGGCUGAAUAGAUUGUAUUGAAGCAGCAAGACCUAUCGG